AUGGAGCCCAGCGUGGGAAUGAUGUUGCCCAAGGGCAUCGUCAUCAAUACCACAAGCAUAUACAAGGAGGUAGCGAGCUACCCCGUCGUCCCCGCAGCCAAGAUCUGGGAGUACUGGCAUGUCUAUACGACGACGAAUAAACGACUCCAGGACCCUACAGCCCGACGGCUGGAGAAUUUUUGGUGGCACGUGCUGGGCAGCGACCGCCGACACCUUAGCGGCCGCAUCCUCGCCGGCCUGUACGAGGACAUUUCGGUCGGGCCUACCGUCAUCCCAAUUCAGGGACCUCCAAAUCGAUGGGAGGGACCAGAUGUGCCGCCUUUGACGAAGCAGAUGAUACUCUCACAUGUGCGUCAGCAACAAGAUGCACAGCAGGGUGAUGGCCCGGUCCGUCGGCCACCGCCGUUGACAAAACGAAGCGACAAUUCGAUCAAGGGGUUUUCAUCAAGUGCGUCGAAACCGCCUCCCCAGCACCCCAUCUUGAAGAAGACCAAGGGUCCGACAUCAUCUGGGCCUCGCCCAACGGCCCGCUUCGUCUCGCCGCCCGAGUCUGCGGACGAGGACGGAUUUCGGUCGUCUGCAAGCACUGCCACGACCGGCCUGGAACCUCAAGCCUUCAAAUCGAAGAGGAAGCCUCCAGCGGCGAUGAAGAAAAUCGUGGCAUCCUCGACGGCUUCCAAGAGACGCCCAGCCGUGACGAGAAGGAUGAGCCCUCAGUCGCCGAUACCGUCGGCGGAUAGGCUUCGAAAUGGCGACACCGCAGCCGGCACACGAGCCGCAGCAGGCCAGCCGCGCCCCGUCACUCCCAUACCGGAGCGGAUGCCGGCGCAGACGGGAGACUGUUCGGAGGUUGCAGAGGAUGCUGCCAAAUCGCCUCUGCCGAGGCCUAGUGCCAAGGCGCUCGGAAAGCGACCUGCCGUGCCGCUGUGGAUGAAGGCCGAGAACGGCAAGGUUCAGCAUAUGUCUUCUACGACGAUCUUGGGGCGAAGGGAAGCCGCCCUCCAGCAGAAGGAGGUUCUGGUCCGGAGCAGCAGCGUUCCUCGUGCGGCUGCGGCCGUUGACACCGUUGGUUCGCCCGGAGCCGGGGCAAUGCCUUUAAUGGUGCGGACUCGCUCUCAUAACGGAGAUGCUCCCGACACUCGACUCACCAGCCAAGGCCUCUUUACCGGCGCAACGGCCUCAACAACCAAGGUCGCUGCCCAGGGGACCAUCAUCGACCAGACCGGAUCUCUGCCGAGAUCGAGCGUUCUCGACGGUCCCAGUCCCCUCGGGGGGUCGUUCCCCUCGAGCAAACCGUACGCCUCAUCUCUGCUCGACUCGCGCCUGACGCCCACUCCGCCGGCUCCGUCAGCCAGUGUCCCGAUGGGAAGGUCGAGAAGCCAGCUCACACUACUACUAGAGCGCGAGAAGACUCCCACAAAGGAAAAGCCAUGCUCGAAAGGCUCGAAGUGA